CUCAGGAUAGCUCGUGAACGGUGGCGGCUCCAUUCCAUAUGGUGACCGUCGACCUACAGACUGGCGUUGACGCAGUGGAUGAUUGCAUUAUUGCUCUUGCUCCUCAUUUCCUCAGCCAUCAGCUCCUCCGAUCUCUUGCCUGGCUGAACUCUGUCGCCGAUUGUGUGCUCGAAGCAAAGCAACUUGGGGCAUCAGAUCCUGCUCGGCUGCUCCUUCCUCUGCUCUCAAGUAAUUAAACUCUAGAGACCUUCGGAGCCACUGCUGCCGUACUGCACGCAGAAGCAUCAAACGCAAGAGAAGCACCAAGCAGACAUUGAAACAACUUGGGUGGACAGAUCAGAUCAGAUCCUGCACGUUUCUCUACUUGGAUGUUCUGACUCAACAGAUGUUCUGACUCCAUUCUCAGCUUCUGAUUCUCGCAUGUCAAGUUAUCUUGCUUGAGGUCUUGACGCAGGAGUUUGCAAGCAUCGGUCGAGUGUGUCCUCAAAACAACUUGUAGCAUCAGAUCAGAUCAGAUCCUGCUCCUUCCUCUGCUUGGCAGGCAGAACCAUCAAAUAAACUCAAGAGAUCUUCUGAUCCAAUAGUCCCGUACUGUGCACAGCUACACAAGCACACAUCUCCUCGGCGUGAUCAUGGCGACUGCCAUGGUCAGCGCAGCGUUUUCGGUGGUGGGCAAGGCGCUGGCUCCCCUAACCGAUGGCUUGCUCAAGGACUGGGCAGCCAGCGUGGAGCUCGGUGACAACGUGGAGUCCCUCGAGCGAGAGCUAAAACUCGUGAAGGCCCUGCUUGAGCCCACCGCCGGCAGGGAAAUAGACAACUCGUCACUCAAGGAGCUUUUAGAGGAACUGAAAGAGCUUGGGUAUGAUGCCGAGGAUGUGCUGGACGAGCUGGACUACUUCCGCAUCCAGGACGAGUUGGACGGCACCUUCCAUGCUGCCGACAAGCAUGCCAAGGGUGUCACCCAUAACCUGGCCCUGAAUGUGCGUCACACUGCAAAAGCUGUUGGCAAGCAGAUUUGGUUACCUUCAUGCUUCUCAUCUGCUGCUUCUUCGGAGGCCAAGGCUAAUCAAGGGGUCAACAGACACAAGGCAAAGCUCAACUCCAGAUCUUGCUGCAACCCCAUCCACACUGUCGGUAAAUGCUUCCCUUGCUCAUCUUUGCCAUCUGAUCCUGAUGAUGACAAUGGUGACAAAGUUGACUAUGGCAUGCACAACAAUUCACCGCAGAGAAACCUUAUUACAGAUAAUGAACCACCCAAGUUGAGAUUUAAUAGAGUGGAUGCCUCCAAAAGAAUGCAGGAUGUUGUAAAGAAAUUGCGACUCGUGCGUCAAGAUGUUUCUGGCAUUAUUGCAACAUUAGGUUCAAAUUGGAGCACUGUCCCAAAUAUUGCACAGAGUCGUCCUGUCACCACCUCUCAAAGUAUAGAACAGAAACUGUAUGGGAGGGACCUUCUAAUGAAUAACAUCAUACAUGAUAUUACAAAGGGUAAACACUCUACUGAGAUCCUUACGGUUAUACCAAUUGUUGGUCCAGGGGGCAUAGGAAAGACAACUCUUGCACAACAUAUAUAUCACAGUCCAGAUGUGCAAGACCAUUUCGAUGUCAGAGUUUGGACAUGUGUAUCACUCAACUUUAAUGUGAAUAAGCUGAUAGAAGAAAUUCAAGGAUAUAUCCCUAAAAUUGAUGGUGAAAGUAGUAAUGGUACUGCUGGUGAGUUAAUUCGGCAAAGAUUGAAAAAUAAGAGGCUAUUGCUUGUAUUAGAUGAUAUAUGGGACUGCAGUGAUGAGGAUGAAUGGAAACGGCUACUGGUGCCAUUCCAAAAAUCACAAGUACAGGGUAAUAUAAUUAUAGUCACCACAAGGUUUCCAGCACAAGCACAAAUAGUGGUUCGAAAAAACGAUCAGCCAAUAUAUUUGAAAGGCUUAGAAAAUAAAGAAUUUGAGGAAUUAUUCCUAGAAGUUAUCUUUGGUGAUGAUGAUCAAUCUAGAAAGGACCACACAUCCUUGCUAGAAACUGGGUUCAAGAUAGCUUGUAGACUAAAGGGCUCCCCUCUUGCAGCAAAAACUGUUGGUAGAUUGUUGAAAACCGAACUUGAUUUGGCUCACUGGACUAGAAUCUUAGAAAGUAAGGAAUGGGAGCAUAGUAGUGGCAAGAAUGACAUUAUGCCUGCACUGAAAUUGAGCUUUGAUCACCUGCCUUCUCAGCUUCAGCAGUGCUUCUCCUUCUGUGCUUUGUUUCCUCAAGAUUACAUAUUCAAAAGAGAAGAGCUAGUUAACUUCUGGAUAGGACAGGAAGUCUUGCAUUCAUUACAUGGUCAAAAUAAAAGAGUUGAAGAUAUCGGGCUAAGUCAUUUGACUGAGUUGUUUAAUUAUGGAUUUUUGGAAAACAAAGUGAACGAAGAUGGACAAACUUUUUAUAUUGUUCAUGAUCUCUUACAUGAAUUGGCACGGAAAGUUUCAUCACUUGAAUGCCUUAACAUAGAGAGUUCUCAAUCUCAUGUGAGCACAUUAGAAGUCCUACCAUCAAUUCGCCAUUUGUCUAUCAACAUAGAUGCUACUAGUGCCAAGGAUAGAUUGACUCUCAAAAAUAGUGUUGAGGAUUUCAAUACAUUGGGUAGAAGAUUAAAAGUUGAAAAACUGCGGACUUUGAUGAUAUUUGGGGAACACCAUGGUUGCUUUGUGAAAGCUUUUGGUGAAUUGUUUAGGGAAGCAAAGGCCCUUCGUGUGAUUUUUCUAUCUGGCACAUCCUAUAAUGUGGAAGAUUUGCUACACAACUUUUACCAACUUGUCCAUCUUCGCUACCUUUGGAUUGGAGGUUCUUUUCGAUAUGAAGCAAGAUUUCCUAACAAACUUUCUAGAUUCUAUCACAUGAUGGUUCUAGAUGCACAUCAUUAUGCUUACAUCGAUGUUUUACCAAGAGAUAUGAGCAACCUUGGAAAAUUGCGUCAUUUUCAUGUUCAAGAUGAUUCAACACACUCUAGUAUUGUUGAGGUUGGGAAAUUAAAAUCACUACAAGAGUUAAGAAGAUUUGUGGUCAAACAAGAAGAUAAAGGUUUUGAAUUAAGGGAGAUAGGACAUUUGGUACACCUUUGUGGAUCAUUGAGCAUUUAUAAUCUUGAAAAUGUUCGCGUGAAGGAAGAAGUAGAUGAAGCAAAACUGUUGCAAAAAAGCCGACUACAAGAGUUGACAUUACAUUGGGAUAAUAUUGACCGGUCUCCCAUAGACUAUACACUAGAAGAACAUGUUCUUGAAAGGCUUAAGCCAAACAACAAUCUUCUAAAGUUAUCUAUUAAAGGGCACAGAGGAACCACUUGCCCUUCCUGGCUUGGUACCAACCUCUCCUUCAAAAGUUUGGAAUCUCUCUGCCUAGAUGGUGUAGCUUGGAAAACAUACCCCCCUAUAGGAGACUUGUGGACAGUUAAUAGGCUUGGCACAUCAGAUAAUAUCCCUAACAUAAGGUUUGAAAAUUUGAGAAGGCUAGAACUUGUAAACUUACCAUGGUUGAAAAAGUGGGUUGUACAUGCUCCCUGUCAGUUGUUUCGAUUCUUGGAAGUACUUAUCAUCAGUGGUUGCUCUCAACUAGAGGAGUUGUCCUUUCAACAUUUGGCUUGUUGUCAACAAAGGAAAGAGCCAAAUGUAAAUUCAUUUCCUAGGCUCAUGAAGCUCAAGAUCAAGGAAUGUCCACAGCUACUAUCAUUUCCUCCCAUUCCUUGGAAUAAGGCUCUAUGCACCAUCAAUAUAGAAGGAAUCGGAAGUUCAUGUCUUGAUAAAUUUGUUUGUGAAAAAAGAUUUUUCAGUCCUGAAUAUGAUUUGACAAUAGAGGGAAAGGAUACAAUUUUUGUUUAUGAAAGAAAGAAGGAUACAAUUCAUAGCAAGAUUUGGAAUGUGCUAGAUUUUCAUAGCCUAACUGGACUGAACACGUUGAGGAUGGAGAGGUGCCAACCCCCACCACUAAGUUGCUUACAAAUUCUAUCAUCCCUAAGGGCCCUAGAGAUCUCUUGUUCGAGUAAUGCCUUUUCAUUUGUUGAAGCUGACAGCCAUGUCAAAUACCAGUUUCCAGUUGAACAUUUAUCCUUCCAUGAGUGGAAUGCUAGUGGGAAGGAGUUAACACAGCUACUCACUUACUUUCCAAGGCUCUCAUAUAUGCUGCUGCUGGCAGCAACUAAAAUAACAGGGCUGAGUGUGACGGGGCAACAGGCAACGGAAAUAACUGCACCAUUAUGUUCAUCUAACAAUGUGGACCCAACAGCAGAGGACGAAAUAGUUGCAUCAGAAGAAGCAGAACGUGGCCUGUUGCUUUUGCCUCCCCAACUGCAGGACCUGUGGAUCGGCAGGUGCCCAGACCUGAGCCUCCUCCGCUCCAAUCCACAUGACGACAGCAACGAAGAAGAUGGAGGAACUGGGGGAAGAGGAGGAGGGCUCCAAGGUCUAACCUCCCUCCGACGGCUGAGAAUCUGGGGUUGCCCCAAGCUCCUGUCCGCCUACACGUCUUAUUCAUCCUUCUCUUCUUCUUUCCCCUUCCCCAACUCCCUGGAACACCUUGAGAUUAAGGGAGCAGUGGGCACAGAGGUGCUGCUGCCUCUAUCAAACCUCACCUCUCUCACAAGUUUAGACAUAUCCAGCUGUGGGGAUUUAAGAGGCGAGGGAUUGUUGUCUCUACUCGCCCAAGGCCAUCUCACCAAAUUAUCUGUCAUCCAAACGCCCAAUUUCUUUGUUGAUUCCGAUCCCUCGCAGGUGCAUGAACAGGAGAUUCCAUCCUGUUCCUCCAAACUGCAGGAGCUCCAAAUAAAUGAUGUGGCUGGAUUCACUACUGCGGCCAUUCAUCGUAGCCUGAUCUUUUCCUCGCUCACCAAAUUGAAUAUUCAAUUUGAUCAUAAGUUGGGGCGCUUCACAGAGCAGCAAGAGGCCCUUGUGUUUGUCGACUCCCUCGAGGAUGUCACAUUUCGUUCCUGCUUCAACCUGCAGUCCCUCCCUGAACGGCUACAUACACUUCACAACCUCAAGAGGUUAUACAUCAGGUAUUGCGAAGCAAUCCAGAUGCUACCCAAGGAUGGUCUCCCAAGUUCACUUGAAGAAUUGUAUAUCAGCAAUUGUCCAGAACUCCAGUCACUGCCCAAGGAUUGCCUCCCAGAUUCACUGCGAGAAUUAACGAUCGAAGACUGCCCAGCAAUACGGUCGCUGCCCGAGGUGGAUGACCUUCCAAGUUCACUGCGAGAAUUAUAUGUCAGUGACAGCAAAAGCGAGGAGCUAAGGAGGCAGUGCCGCAAGUUGAUAAAUAUCAUUCCAAUAGUGAGAGUCUGACAAUCCCAAGGUAACCGGUUUGUUUCCAUCUGCUGUGCAGGACAUUUCUUCAUAUUUGUGUAUUAUUCUGUCCUUUGGAUUCUCUCUCUAUCUAUUCACAAUUUUGAAUUCUAAAGCUUGCUUCCACCCUGUACAUCAAACUGGUGAAUAUCUUUAGCGUACUCCUUCCUUGUCGUUCUGAAUCUCGGAAGAUUUACUGAAACAAUGGAUGCUGUUGUGUGACUUUUUUUUCUAGUCAAUGGUUUGCACUCUUAGGAAAGCCAGUUCAGCAAUAAAUGGUUUCAUUCUUCCUAUGUCUCCUGGAUCUCAAAAAAAAUAGGCUCUCCUUCUAGAAAAGUUGUCUUGCACGACGGUGGCGCAGACGAUGUGGUCGUCGUCGUUCCCGACGGACGCGGACUUCGGCUUCGCCGGCGUCCCUGGUCCUACCGGUGGACACCGCGUUCGGGAGGAUGUGCUCGGACUUGCUCUCUGCAUUGCCACGCGCCCUGGAGACGGCGGCGAGGAAGACGACGAGGUGCGGGGCUCGAGAGGAAGACGACGAGCGCAUCUUCAAGCCAUUCACGGACGAGUACCUCGGUCUCUCCCGCACCAACUAUCUGCGCCUCGUCUGUGAUCUGUAUAUGUACACACCUGCUGCUGUUGCUCGAUCGUCGAUCCCCAUUCCCCAUUCGUUUUAUAAUAAUGACUACUCUUUCCGCCGUUAAAUAUAACGUAUUUUUCUUUAUUCUAAGUAAACCUACCUUGUAUGUUUGAUUGAAAUUAUAGAAAAAUACAUUAUUCACUUUUCCUACAACAACAAAGUAAGUUAUUGUAAAAA